GUUUCUCAGGUAACAGAAACCCAUGUGCACUUUCUUUUUUUUUUCCCCCAGAACACUCACUCUCUCUCUUUUAACUUCUCCAUUUUCUGUUUUCCGUUACUUAAUUUCAAGGAUUCAUAGUUUCGCCUAUAAAACCGACUACAAAUUACCGAAAUAUAUGCCUUUAUUUAUUUUUUCGACUUUUGAUUUGUUUUUCUUCGGUUCCUUCUUUCUUGAUUGAAUUCACUGUUUCUAACAGGUGAAAUUUUGAAUAUAAUUUUUUUUUUAAGUAUUAUCAGGGAUUAUGAUGGUAAAGAAAGAAAGUCAAUUAUGUACUAUUUACUGCUUACGCCUCUUGAUUUCAUUCUGUUGAAUUCGAUUGCUGCCGUUGGAAGAGUUGUGCUUUCUAUUUGAGAACGGAAUCUCUUAUUUCCUUUGUUUACAGUGUUGAAUUUUGUAAUUUUGAGUUGCUCUGAACAUUGUAAUCUUCAUUUGACAUUUUGAUACUAUCCUAUGGGUAAAAUUGAUUCUUUAGAAACAUAUUUUUGGUAUUAAGCUGUCCAAGUAGUUAUAGAUUUGAACAGUUUGCUUUGCAGCGGAUGCUUCGAAAAUUCCAUGGAAUUGUCAUUGAAUUUGAUUCUAAUCCAAAAGGAAUUUCAAACAUAAAAAUUAGAAUUAAUAGGCCCAAUUCUAAUUUUGAAGCUUCAAAUCCAUGCUCAAUUUUAGACACCAAAUGAACAAUUUCAGAUAUUUGCUGCCGCUUAUAAUUACUCCAAAAGUAAGGAUUAUUGUCAUCACUAGUUAAUUUAAGAUUAUUCAUUUGAGGUUUCAGAUUUCUUUGUUUAACUUAGAUAAGGAUUUUAAUUCUUCUUUUUUUAUUCAAUUUUAAUAGCUCAUUUCUGCUGCUAGGAAUACACAUCAUGGUAUACUUUGUGGUUCACAUUGCACUUUAUUAUAUAACUGAGAAUGCAUAUAAUAUGUCAAAGUGACCCCCCAUUAAUUUGAAAAUUAGGUCAUGAGGUAAUUGCUAUCAAUAAGAAAAGAGAUAAACUGUAGUCAAGGAGAAGGCUCUUAUUGAUAUAGUUGCUGCUGAUCUUUUAGGUUAGUAUUUACACCUAAAACUUACCCAUUACAAUAUGCCAUUAUCUUUUGUGGACAUUUGGGCGUACAAUUAACACCAUGAACCCUCAUCUUUACAUAAGAAGCUAACAGGCUUACCCUUUGGCUGAAUCUGAUGUCUAUAUGUACAGAUUUUUUUAAUGUUAUCUUAAUACUGUUUUGGUCAGACCUGUAUCUAUUGCUGAUUCUAUUUUAAAUAUAAAGGACUAACCAUUUUGAUUUUCAGUGCUCAAUUACCCCCCUUUCUUUGUUAGCUGGUAUUGUUCACUUGUGACAAUUGUAACAACCAGUCUUCUAUAUGUUUUUCUAUUUCGAUACUAUAUUUGUUUUCAACUCUUAGUUCAGGUGAGCUAUACAUCUCCGUGCACGACAGCUCACUGAUAUCAUUUUGUUACAAAACUGACAUGACAUAUGGACAAGUUAGGAUAAAGAUGGGCAAAUGAUUUAUUCUGUAGUUCCAAUCCCCAGCUAAACAAGGACCCAUUAUAACAUGAACUUGAGGAACUGUUUUGUGAUCUGAAUGUAAUCAUGGAGCUGAGUAGCAUCAAAGAUGCAUUUGACCGUGUAGCUAAGAAACAAAAGUUGUCCUCUUCCAAGUCUCAAGAAGUUGUUGACCAGGUGGGGCGUGAAAUUGAGCAGGCAUUGGCAACAAUUCGGUCACCUCAUGACCCCUCAUCUCCUGUUGGCCAGAAAUCCAUUCUUACAGAACUUAAGUAUAAGCUUAAUGAUAUUGGGCCACUUCAACAGUUGGAAGGAUCAAAUAAGGAAUUGAACAUAAGUCUUACCAAGUAUCAAAAACUCCUCGAAAAAUCAUUAAAUCCUGACAUAUCAAAGGCAUACAGAAAUGUGGAGUUUGAUACUCAUAUUGUCAAUCAGAUCAUUGCAAACCACUUUUACCGUCAAGGCUUAUUUGAUCUUGGAGAUAGCAUCAUAAAUGAGGCUGGAGAGCCUGAUGCAACUGCACUAAAAUCUCAAUUCUUGGAAAUGCACCAGAUUGUUGGAGCUAUGAGGGAUAGAAACCUUCAGCCUGCUCUCACAUGGGUCUCUUCCCAUCGAGAGAAACUUAUUCAGAUUGGUUCCAACCUUGAGCUUAAGAUUCACACACUGCAGUUUGUAGAGGUCCUGCAAAAUGGAACCCGAGCUGAUGCCUUAAAAUAUGCCCGAACUUAUCUUGCUCCUUUUGCUUCCCUCAACAAGGAUGAGUUCCAAAAGCUUAUGGGUUGCCUCUUGUAUGCAGGAAGGCUAGAGAGCUCCCCUUAUUCUGAGUUGAUAUCCCCAAUUCAUUGGGAGAUGACAACUGAAGAGUUGGCACGGCAGUUCUGCACUCUCUUGGGGCAGUCCUAUGAGAACCCACUCAGUGUAGCAGUUGCAGCUGGAGUUGAGGGGUUGCCUACACUGUUAAAGCUUGCAAAUGUAAUGGCAGCAAAGAAGCAGGAGUGGCAGGAAAUGAAACAAUUGCCCGUGCCUGUAGAAUUGGGUAAGGAAUUUCAGUUCCAUUCGAUUUUUGUUUGCCCUGUGAGUAGGGAUCAAGGAAGUGAAGAAAAUCCUCCAAUGCUGUUGCCAUGUCUACAUGUCCUUUGCAAGCAAUCAAUUAUGAAGUUAUCAAAAAACAGCACCCGAACAUUCAAGUGUCCAUAUUGUCCAGCCGAUGCUACAGUUGCACAAUGCAGACAGCUGUACUUCUGAUGGUGUUUGUGCAUUUCUCUCACAUAUAUUUCAUUGGUACAAUACAGCAUUUAUAGCUUUGUGGUUGUAUAUAAAUAUUAUAAAAUCUCCUUUACAUUUGAUAAGACCGAGUGAAUAAAAAUUGAAAGAACCUGUCUAUUACCGGGAGCUCUGAUUCCAACAUCCCCGUCCCCGUCUUCCCCUCCCCACAUUGUCUUGGAAUAUCCAAUUUUACCGACAGUUCUUGCUUUUCCAUGUACAGGUGCUUCCAUGAUCUCAGUGCUAUAAAUUAGUAUCAUAAGAUGGCGCACAACUACGUAUAUCUACUGUACUUUUGCGAUCGAUAAAAAUGGUAUU